AAGGAGGCGAGGUUGUUUUCUGUGCACUUUGUCAUGCAGUUGUGAGGGAUGGGAAUGGAUUUUUUAAAAGUCAAAGAGGAAGCUGGGAAGUACAUCUCAGAUUCCAAUUUAGCAAUCACGCAUUAUGAUGAAAAGAAUCUGCAAGUCCACAUUUCAUCUCAAGAUGGUGUUCACAGCUUCUACAUUUCUUGUCCUUCACAGGAUAUUCCUUCGUGGGGAGUGUGGAGUGAAAAAGAUGAGUCUUUAGAGUUGCUUCAAACUAGCAUGGAAAUGUUGAAAUUGGAUUCCUGUAGCUGUGUUAGUGAAGCUUUGAAGUCCAUUGACACCAUGCUGAAGACCUGUAUUGAUGGGGAAAGACCUGACUCGAAAAAAGCUGAGGAUGAUGAUGAUGAAGAAGAAGAAGAAGAAGAAGAAGAAGAAGAAGAAGAAGAAGAAGAAGACUCUGACACUAACAAUGAGGAAGACGAGUAUUACAUGCAAGAUGACAUAGAUGCUGUACACAAUGAGGGAGUUUCAAAGGAGAGGGAGAGUGAAAUGGAAGUAGCUGCCAACUUUUUCAAUAGCAAAGGAAGCAGCACAGCGAUCAGUAGGCUUGUCAAAGAUCUGAAAGCCAUCCAAACUAUUAGUCACCAGUUUGGAAUUUCAGGCCAACCCAGGGGCAAUAAUCUGUUCAUGUGGAACGUUGAACUAUCGAACAUUCCAACUGACACCAAGCUGGGUAAAGAUUUGAAAGAGUAUCAAAUGAAGUAUAAGGAAAAGGCUGCAAUAAAACUAGACGUUCAGUUUCCCUCUGAGUACCCUUUCCAGCCUCCUUUUAUCAGAGUGUUGAAACCAAGGUUCAAGUUUUUGACUGGUCAUAUAACAGUGGGCGGCAGUAUUUGCAUGCAGGCUCUCACCAAGUCAGGCUGGUGUCCUGCCAAUGAUCUUGAGAGCAUCUUGAUACAAGUUCGAACUGAGAUCUUGAGUGACCCAGCUGCUUGUCUCGACCCUCAUCAUCCAAAUAAGGAGUAUGGGGAAGGUGAGGCAAGAGAUGCUUUCUCGAGAAUGGUAAAGAAGUAUGGGUGGUCUUAACCAUCCCUGUGAAGCUCAUUCUGCACAGCAGACAUCUGUGAAAGUUAAAUACUGUGCGAGUCUAAGGAUUUCUGGUUGGCACUUGUUUUUACAAAAUUCAGAUGGGGUAAUUUAGAGCCAGGUUAUGGAUUGAACUUAUGGAUCUUGUUGCUCUGCUCCGUACUCCCAAUUUGUUCUGGCCCUGUUGAGCACUUAUUGUGGGUCAUAACUUGGACAGGGGGCAUCAAUAUUUCAUUGUUAAUUUGACCUCACGACUUGUUCACACAUCACAUUGAUGGGACUGAAAGUGACAUUUACUUGACUGUUAGUGGUCAGAUUGGCUGAACUGACACUUUGUUAACACUGUUUCCACUUAGUCAUGGGGGGGGGGGGGGGG